AUGCUCGGUUGUUUGGCCAGGGGCAAUUUACUGGAUAUUCUUCAGGAGGGCUUCACAGAGCAACAACUACAGGCGUAUGUGGCCUGGGUGAAUUCCCAGCUGAAGAAGCAGCCAACAAUAAAGCCAGUCCAAGACCUGAGACAAGAUCUCCGAGAUGGAGUCAUUCUUGCUUUGCUCAUUGAGAUUGUAGCUGGUGAGAAGUUGAAUGGCAUUCAGGUCAACCCCACCAGCCAGCAGGAGAUGAGGGAAAAUGUGGAGAAAGUCUUACAGUUCGUGGCAUCAAAAAAGAUCCGCAUGCAUCAGACAUCAGCAAAAGAUAUUGUUGAUGGGAACUUGAAAUCUAUCAUGAGGCUGAUCCUGGCCUUAGCUGCUCAUUUCAAACCAGGCUCCGGGAGAGCAAUGAAUCAGAGCCCUGCUGGCAUGGUGGGGAAGAGCUUGUCAGCAUCGUCUGCCAGUCACAGGCCUCGCUCAGCUGCUGCAGUGGCCCAAGGGGCGGUGGCUGCUCUGGCAGAUGUUCGCCAAGAUGUCUUGCAAUCCGGCCGGGAUGUUUUCUGGCACAGACAGAGAAAUAGCAGCAUGGAUGAGGAGAUUGAAAACCCCUACUGGAGUGUCCGGGCACUGGUGCAGCAGUAUGAAGGGCAGCAGAACAUGCCAUUGGAAUCCCACUCUUCCAGUCUUACAUCGCCCAGUCCUAUCCAUAGUGCAAAGAGUGAAUCUACUGUAGCCCCAUCACAGGAGAAGGAAAGACUUGUGAUAAUCCACACUGAAGAAACAGAAACUAAAACAGAAGAGACAGAAUCUCAUUUCCGGCCUGAGUGGCAAGCAGGGAACUCUGGGUCAUAUUUGGAGAAUUCAUGGGAGGAGCAGCUUUUGGAACAACAGGACCAUUUGGAGAAGGAAAUGGAGGAAGCGAAGAAGAUGAUUUCAGGUUUGCAGGCUUUGUUGCUCAAUGGGUCUUUACCUGAGGAUGAGCAGGAAGGGUCCUUUGAACUUUCUGAACGUGGAGCCUGCCCCGAAGAGCAGCUGAUCAUAAUCCGAAGUCGCCUGGACCAGAGUGUGGAAGAAAAUCAAGACCUAAAGAAGGAGCUAUUGAAAUACAAACAAGAAGCUCGAAACCUACAGGGAAUAAAGGAUGCUUUACAGCAAAGACUGAUUCAACAGGAUGCUUCAGUUCUUCAGCUAAAACAGGAACUGCUGAGAGCAAACAUGGACAAGGAGGAAUUGCACAAUCAGAACGUUGACCUUCAGAGAAAGGUUGAAGAGAGAAACCAGCUACUGGCAGAAUACAAAAAAGAACUGGGCCAGAAGGAUCGGCAUUUACAGCAGCAUCAGACCAAACUGGAUGAAACGCUUAGGCAGCUUUCUGAGGUCAGCUACCAACAGGUGGAUCUGGAGCGGGAGCUGGAGCACAGAGAGGCCCUGCUAGCUCACUGCAUGAAGAGAGAAGCUGAAGAG